CGGGCAGUAAGCGCUCAAGCACCCGUCAGUCACAUCAGCCGUUUUAUGUACAUCAGAAUGAAAGUUAAGGUUAAGUACCAUGUUCCCGUCAAAAGCUCUUGUCUCUCGUUAUUUAAGGAGCUUUCCCAUUCCAUUAAAUAUUUAGUCUUCGCCCUUUCGAACUUAGCUUCUCUGAUCCUAUCAGGUGCUGUGCAAACCACACCAUUUAUCAUCCCCAGCGCAAGCCAUCAUUAGCUGUGUGACGACCCACUUUUCUCACCGAAUUUCCUCUCCCAACAUGCAACAGCCGACUUGCACUAGCCUACGUGUCAGAUCUCCCCAUGAUGCUCAAAUUAUCUUUCAUGCUGUGGCGCUUAACGUCUUGCCCAUGGUCACCAGACGACUCGACACUGAGGAACGACGCUCCAUAUCUUCCGGUUGUGUUUUCGUCUGGGAGGAGCGAGGUCCGAGCCCGGAAGCUACUGGACUUGGUAUCGAGCGAUGGACCGAUGGCAAACGAUGGGGGCCGAGCCGAGUUCGCGACGAAUUCCUUUUCUACCAAGAAAAAGACCCUGAACCAGUCGACACCGACCCAAACUCAGAUUCUGAUACCACGAUCGGAUCAAGCCCCUUGGCACAGUCUGGGGCGCACCGUGAAUAUGUGCGUCCCAGCCUGGUGAAACAGACUUAUUCUGUUUUCGUGGAAACCGCAAGAGGGCGCAAGAAAUGGCAUCUCAUCGCUUAUUUCACUCACGACACCCUCGAUUACCUCCGAACCGUGUCUGACCUCCCUGACCUAGCUCGCAUUGUUGUACCACUAGGGAAUUAUAGAAGUGCUCGGCACAACACGAGCAAGCACAACCGUGCUCAACGAGAAGAGCGGCCUCACCCCUUCACCCAUCAAUAUAUUCCGUACCCCUCCCCUCCCCGGGCAACGGUCCAGAGUACGCAUUCUGGCUUAUAUGCCAGUGAUGGCCUACAGUUGAUGGAUCGUCCAGGACGUGCACCGCCUCGAGACGGACAAGCACUCGCACCCCUCAUAUACCUCCAAAACUUAGCUCCGCCGCGAAGACAUCCGCUGGAUGAGGAGGCGCUCAUGGCAUUUUACCCUGGCUUGUGUUGAAAUGCAUUACUUUCUGUGGACUUUGUAGGAUUAACGACUUCCGGACUAACAAAUAUGGCGAUAUCCGCGUCGCUUGAGCAUACGUUAUUUCUUGAUUUGCAAUCUGCAGCCUAUCAGACAGAUCUCCGUGUUUUCUGUACUUAUCCUUACCGGGUUGCCCACAUCGGGUUCUGACAACAUAAUUUGCUUUCUGCACCCUAUCGCACCCCUGAAUUCAUCCCCAGUUGAGCUUGACAACAACACGAAUUGGGCAAACUGGACUUUGCGUGACGCGGCGCACGGCUUUCAGUGGGCCGCCCGGACGAGAAAACUAGGAUAUCCCACCC